GUGAGGCUCCAGCGCUGGAGGCCGUGGUCUGCAGUCCGCUGUGAGCGAGGUAGGCUCCCCGGGCGCAGGGAGGGUGCCGGGGGAGAAGUGGAACGACUUGCUGGAGUCUGUGGCCUUGGGAUAGGAUUCCUGGGAACCGGGGUCCCAACAAGCGUGGACAGCCCAGCGAUCCGCGCUCUGAAAUGGGAUUCACGGAGCAGAAGCGGUAACUGGAAAUCACGAGGUCGAGCACUAAAUGACCUAUCUGAGCCCAUGAUCCAAAGUGGCUCCAAAGCAUUGCUGUGUAUUUGCCAUUUGUAAGGCCUUGGAGACAUAUCCUUGUGAGACAAAGAUAUUUACGAAACUAUGGAUAAUACAAAAAUUUUGCCUGAUAUUAAAGAGGACCCUGAUACUGAGGUACAGAAAAACCAAGUACUAACUCUGGAAGAAUGGCAAGACAAGUGGGUGAACCGCAAAAUUGCAUUUCAUCAAGAAGAAGGACAUCAGCUAUUAAAGAAGCAUUUGGAUACUUUUCUUAAAGGCGAGAGUGGACUGAGGGUAUUUUUUCCUCUUUGCGGAAAAGCAGUUGAGAUGAAAUGGUUUGCAGACCUGGGACACAGUGUAGUUGGUGUGGAAAUCAGUGAACUUGGGAUACGAGAAUUUUUUACAGAGCAGAAUGUUUCAUUCUCAGAAGAACCAAUCACAGAAAUUCCUGGAGCCAGAAUAUUUAAGAGUUCUUCAGGGAACAUUUCAUUGUACUGUUGCAGCAUUUUUGAUCUUCCCAGAACAAAUAUUGGCAAAUUUGACAGGAUUUGGGAUAGAGGAGCAUUAGUUGCCAUUAAUCCUGGUGACCGUGAAUGCUAUGCAGAUAUAAUGUCGUCCCUCCUGAGAAAAGGGUUUCGAUACCUCCUGGCUGUUAUGUCUUACGAUCCAACUAAACAUCCAGGCCCACCGUUUUAUGUUCCAGCUGCUGAAAUUAAAAGGUUGUUUGGUACAAGAUGCAAUAUUCAUUGUCUUGAGAAGGUUGAUAUUUUUGAAGAACAACAUAUAAGUUGGGGAAUUGACUAUAUUUUUGAAGAGUUAUAUCUACUUACAGAAAAAUAAAAGAGACAUAAAUAAAAUCGAAUAACAUCAA